UCAAAUUGGUAAGAUGUUUAUUUUUAAUAAUUUUUGGGUUCUUACGUUUUUCGCAACUCUCACUUUCAUACUUUCAGUAUCAGCCGAAACUUGUAAACCGCAAAUUAAUAGAGUAUUUGAUUUAAGAAAAACACUAUUUUGCAAUUAUGAUACCUCAUUAAUUGCAAAAAGAGAUAAAAAUAAAAAUGCAACAAAAAUCAACGUGGGUUUCACGUUUAAUUAUUUUGAUUUCAAUCAGUGGGACAAUACUGUUACAAUUGCACAUUGGUUAGUCUUGAGAUGGACAGAUGAUCAUUUAACGUGGAAUCCAGAUUUAUUUGAUGGAAUUAAAGAAAUUAAUGUAAAUGUGGAUGAACUUUGGAUGCCAGAUUUAACAAUUUAUAAUCCAAGUGGCAUGUACAAUUCCGAGAUAACACAUCCAUCGAUUAAUUGUGAUUUACAACAUACCGGUUUUAUUGUAUGUGUAAUACCAAAUUCGUAUUACACUUUGUGUAAAUCAAAUCAUUUAAAUUUUCCAUACGAUGAGCAUGAAUGCACAUUACGAUUUGGAUCGUUAUUGUAUACAAAAAAAAAUGUAGAAUUUAAAAUUCCAAAAAUGCAAGGUUAUUUAGGCACCCUAAAUAAUAAAAAUUUAGAAUGGAAAGUUAUUAAUGCUACAGGAAAAAUAAAGGAACGACAUAUCGAUCUUAAUGAUACAAUGCAAGAAAUAGCGUAUACAUUCCGUUUUGCACGUCAUGCUACAGUACUUGAGGCUACAUUAAUUGUUCCAAUGUUAGUAUUAAUAGUAUUCACAAUUUUACCAUUUUUUUUGAGUCCUAUUGAAAAUGAAAGAUUUACUCUAAUUAUUUUCAAUAUAUUUGCUCAUAUAACAAUCUUCUAUCAGAUUCCAUGGACAAUACCACAUUCGGGAGAUACAACACCACUAAUCGUGAGCUUCUAUCGUGAUUCGUUAAUAAUAUCAAUUUUAGUGUUGUUUGAAUCCGCAAUUGUUUGUUGGUUUGAUAAAAAAUCCACACAAAUUCCAGACAGUUUGGCUCCUUUGUUUCAAAUAAUAUUACAACAUAAAAAUUGGAUUUUAUUGACAGUUCCAGGUGAAAAACAUGUGGAAUCAGAGGAAGAAUCAGAAAAUGUAACAUCGAAUGGUGUUGAUGAAUCAGAUUUAAAAACGGAAUCAUUAGAUGGUCCUAUACACGUUACGAUUCCCAUAAAACCUUCCAGUGGUGCACAAGAUUGGCAUAUUUUAAGACUUUUUUUAGAUCGAUUAUUCAUUUGUAUUAUAUUAUUUUUGUACAUUAUUUUAUUUAUUACGCAUGUACCAAGUCAUUUUUUAAUUAUUUUCAAAAAUGGAUGUUGGGGUUACAUGCAUGAAUGUGACAAAAAAUCAGAACCUGAAACAGGAUACAAAAGUUUUAUAAGAAAAUUAGGACAAAAACUAAUGUGUAAUUACGAUUAUUCCGAAAAACCAGGAGAAAAAGAAGAGACAGUAAUUAUCAAUGCAACAAUGCUAGUCAAUUCUUUAGACGUAUAUUUUCAAAAAGAAAUUAAACCACAAAUUUCCGUUCAUAAUCGGCUAUAUUUGGAAUGGUUUGAUAAACGUCUAGAAUGGGAUCCAAAGGAUUUUGAUGGAAUAGAUAUCUUACCGGUACAUACCUCUAAUAUUUGGGCACCAGAGAUUUCACUUGCCAAUGGUUUGAAUUCAGAUGAUCACAGUGUAUUAUAUUCAAGCGUAUGUAGAUUAACAUAUUCGGGUAAAGUUCAGUGUUUAUAUCCGAAUACAUUUACAUCACUGUGUGUACCAGCUUAUGAAAACUGGCCACUAAAUACUGAAGUAUGCGAAUUAUUAAUUGGUGCAUGGAUAAUGCAUUCUGAUGCUGAACAUAUCCGAUUUCGAUUCAUUGAACGUGGCUCUGAUUUUAGUCAAUACCAUCCACAUAAUGAAUGGGAUUUAGAAAGUGUUUCAAGUAGUUUUUUACCCGAAAGUGAAUAUUAUGACGCUAAUGAAACAUAUCAUUUGAAAGGGAUGCCUUAUUUGGAUUAUAUAUUUACAUUAAGACAUCAUUCUGCAAUGUUUGCAACUCUUAUAAUUGCGCCCGUGAUUGUGUUAAUUACAAUGAACUUGGUAGGAGUUUUAUUAGAUCCAUCGUCAUUAAAACGAAUUGCAUUGAUUAUGGCAAAUAUUUUAAUUCAUAUAGAAUAUUUAAAAGAAAUUUCUUAUCACACAAAUGCGAGUGGUACUUCUUGUCCAUUAAUUGUGAUCUUCUAUAGGAGUUCAAUGAUUUUAUCUGUAAUAAAUUUAAUAGUUACAUUGAUUAUAAUGAAGUUAUUUAAAGCAAAUAUGAGCGAUCCAACAGGAGUAUCAAACAUGUUCAAAUUCAUUGUAGAUAAUGAAAUAGUGAAUCUAAUUACCUUAGACGAAAUUGAGAUAAAAGAUAAUAAAUCAUAUAAUCAAAACAAAGAAAUAAUCAAUAAGAAUACUCAAACUUGGAUACAACUUGGAAAAUUACUUAACGUACUAUUAUUCUGGACCUUGUUUGUAGCCUACAUUGUUUUAGUAAUACGUUUUGUGCCAUCAACAAGUUAUUCAAAACCUUCUCAAAAACUAUUUAAUUAUUAUGGAUCAGAUUGAUCUUUACUUUAAAUAAUUAGUGCAUGCUUAAACUUUCGAGUCACCCAAACUUAUCUACAGAUGUUAAAAACGACUGUGAAAAUAAAUUUUUAUUUAUUUUCUAGGAAAUAAUGACAUUUACAAAAUAAAAGUUCAAAUGCCUAGUUGUUAAAAAGCGACGUUAAAUAAAAAAAAAUUGUUUCUUGAAAAUGUUAUUUAGCUUGAUUUUUUAUGCGAUUUUCUAGCAUUAAAAUUGUCAAACUUUUGUGUAUCCACAUCUUCUUCAAUGAAAUGUACGACUUUCGAGUAUUUGAAUAUUUGCGAAAAUUCUAAAAAGGAACUGAAAAAAGUACUAUUCCUUAAAAUAGGACUAAUAACUCGGUUCAUAUUUAUAUUAGAAAGUCCUAUAAAAAACAAAAUUAAAGAUAAUUUUUAAUGAAAUAAUUUUUUUUUAUAAAUCAAAAUUGAUUAUCACUACCAGUUUUCAUCCCCUGUAGGUAAGCGCGGAUCAGUAAAUAAUUUAUUUUAAACGUACAAUCAAAAGUUUACGCCUACACAAAUUAUUUGUUUAUUAUCGCUCAUUUUUGCCAAUCUCUUUCCGUACUAAUAAUUAAUAUUAACUAAUAAAAAACUAUUAAAAAUCAA